AUGUCGUCCAAACCAACAUCAGUGAGAAUAAUACAAGGAUCACGCAUGUCUUCAGCCACCCAUUACUCUGAAUUAUGCGUCAAAUCGUCUGUUAAAAAUGUGGAAACUCGGAAGUUGAAUCACGGCGUUUGUAUUCCACCAAUAUUUGGAAACAUCAAACCAAAGGAUGUACUAGAAUUUAUUGAACUAAAUCGUCUUCUUGGUGCAGAGAAGUUCAUGUUUUACCUUGAGAUAUCUGACAAAUCUGUGUCAUCUGGCGUCUUGCGUGUGCUUGAGUACUAUCAGUCCAUCCGUGUAGUUCACAUACAUACGUGGGAGCUGCCUUUCGAGCGUUCACAGAUUUGGUACCACGGUCAGUCUCUUGCCAUCAACGACUGCUUGUAUAGGUACAUGAACGAUUUCCAUCACCUUACCUUUGUCGAUCUGGACGAGUUUAUAAUUCCCAAGGGGGAUUUGCGAAGCUGGGGUGAUAUGUUACCAGAUCUGAAAAAGCAGUCUGAAGAGCUUUACGCCAAAGCGAGCGCGUUCAGUUUCAAGACGGCGUUCUUUUCCCCCGAGUUUUCCCGCCACGUCUAUUCUAAUGAGCUUAAUACGGUUAUCCGCGUAAAUCGAACCUUUCACUUCAGCUACCGACGCCACAAGCUGAUGGUUCUACCGGAACGGGUGUUUGAACUCGGUAUCCAUCACGUGUCGCGAGCGUGGCCUGACGGGGAGCAGUUCCGGGUAGUACACGUUCCCUUGGAGACGGCCUUCGUUCACCAUUACAGGGCUUGCGUCCAGGAGUUCGGAAUCCACUGCAAUGCUCGUUCUGAGGACUCUACAGUGCUGAAUAUAUUCGGAACUCAGCUGCAAUAUAAUGUUCUUAAAAUUAUGAGUGACAUCACGUUUUAGU